AUCUUGGGCUUCUCUACAACCAAGAAGCCAAGGAAGACCUUACUGCCAAGCAAGACCUGACAGAAACAAGCAAAGGUGCAACAAUGAAAGCUUUACUUCUGAUUGUGAAUGUUGUGGCACUAACCCUGCCUCUCUUGGCUGCAGACGUACAAGACCAGGAAAAAACAGCAUGCAACAAAAAAAUUGAAAGGUUGUUUAAUGAGAAGAUAGUCUCAUAUGUCCCAAUUCAUUAUGUGUUGAAUAGGAAUCCUCAUUUUGAACCUAAUUACUAUCAACGUACACCAGUUGCAUCAAUUAAUAAUCCAUAUAUGAUUCAUCCAUACUCUACAAAAGCAUUUGUACAUAUGUCACAUGCCCAGGUUCCCCAAUGGCAUCUCAUGUCAACUAUCCCCCAUCCUACCAUGGUACAACCUCACCCAUAUCUACACCCAUCAUUUAUGGCAAUUCCCCCAAAGAAAAUUCAGGAUAAAACCACUAUCACUGCCAAUGAUGUUAAAAAUACCAUUGAGCCUACACCAGUUCCUACUGAUGAACCAGCAGUGAGCACCACAGUCAUUCCUGCAGCUUUCUCAGAGUUUGUCAACACCCCUGAAACUACCACAGUGCCAGUGACUUCACCAGUUGUAUAAAAGAAACAAAAUAGAAGAUAAUAUAGGUCUUGCUGAAACCGAAUGAAUACUUCAAACUCUUCUUUAGCCAUUUGUCUUCCUUCAUUCAAGAUAAAAUGUGAUUUAGAUCCUUUUUCUUCUCCCCUUACUUUUUACAUUCAUGCCAUGUUUAAUUUUUUUUCGAUUCUUGCACAAUAAAGUCAAUUGAAUGCAA